ACAACGUUCAUGUGUCGAGCGUACAUACGCGCGUGUGUGUGUGUAUAUGCAACCUUGACAACUCGUGUAGUAGUUUUGUAAGCGGGGUUUAGUGCAGAAGGUGAAGUGAAGAAACAAAUUAUACUACUGUGUACAUAUAUGUUAUACAUAUAUUAAAAUCUGUAUAUACGCAUAAAUAUAUGAUUAAUGUUUUUUCAAUGUCAUAUCGAAAUAUACAUAUAUGUACUUCAACGUAUGUAAACUUAACUACCGUAAAUUAGUGAAGUCCCGUAGCUGACGCCAUUUUGUAUUUAGAUAUUAUAAAAAACAACCAGUUAAAAUUCUUGUAAAUGGAACUUGGCAAAAAAAGGUAUAAGGGUGGUCGGACACCUGCAGUUAGGUCAAGUGAUAGGCGACGUCCUCAAAGUAUUUCAACAUCAUCAACUUUAUCGCCGCGCGUUGUAUUAUCGCGCUUGGAACCGAGAGAUUUUGAACGACUUCGACUAUCGUACAAAGUUGCUAUCGAUCAGAGGCGAUCUCGAAGCUGCCGUGGCAUGAACAUGGGUCAAAAAAUCAGUGGCGGUGUUAAAACAGUUAACCGUAAUGAUACGCAAUCAACAUUUAAACCCAUCAUACCCCGAGAAUUGCAAGCCGAUUUUGUAAAACCCGCUCGCAUCGAUAUAUUACUAGAUAUGCCGCCAGCCAGCCGAGAAGUGCAAUUGAAACACUCAUGGAACUCGGAGGAUCGCUCAUUGAACAUAUUCGUCAAAGAGGACGAUAAAUUGACAUUUCACCGGCAUCCCGUUGCCCAAAGUACCGAUUGUAUUCGCGGCAAAGUUGGAUUAACAAAAGGAUUGCAUAUAUGGGAGAUAUAUUGGCCGACACGACAAAGGGGAACACAUGCAGUUGUUGGGGUUGCAUCUGGGGAUGCACCGUUGCAUUCGGUGGGCUAUCAAAGUUUAGUUGGUUCCACAGAACAAAGUUGGGGUUGGGAUUUGGGACGCAAUAAAUUGUAUCAUGACUCGAAAAAUUGUGCUGGCAUCACGUAUCCGGCCAUCUUGAAGAAUGACGAAGCCUUCUUGGUUCCCGACAAGUUCUUGGUAGCUUUAGAUAUGGACGAAGGAACCCUGAGCUUCAUUGUUGAUCAGCAAUACCUGGGUAUUGCAUUUAGAGGCCUCAAAGGCAAGAAAUUGUAUCCAGUUGUCUCUGCUGUCUGGGGACACUGCGAGAUCACAAUGCGUUACAUCGGCGGAUUAGAUCCUGAACCCUUGCCAUUAAUGGAUCUGUGCCGAAGAACAAUUCGGCAGAAGAUUGGCCGAGUGAAUUUAGAAGAGCGCAUACAGCAACUGCAGCUUCCGCAAUCCAUGAAAACUUAUUUAUUGUAUAAAAAUCGUAGAUAAUAUUUUUAAAUGUUUGGAUGGGUUGUCGAAUAAGUUAUCAUUUCGCAAAAAAACUGAUAUUGAUGAUGACGGGGGCAGCAGCAGGGCAGCAGUUGAGCUAAAGUAUAGUAUUAGUUCGUAAUAGUCUUUAAUUCAAUGUUAGGUUUUUUUGUGUCGUCAAAGGAAUCAUGUGAAAGUAUACAAUUUUUGAAACUAUACUUGGUAAAUCAUUUUUCUUUUUGUAUUGUAAAUUAAGUCGAUCAAUUAACUCAAUAUUUAAAAAUAUACUCAUACUUUUAUUUGUACAAGCUUGAAGGAAACGAACGACGUCGUAUGAUACCUUCAAUUGAUUUAAAAGAAUAUAACAAAAAACACAAUUAUAUAUACAUACAUAUAAAUACAAAUUAUGUUUACAAAAACAAAACGACACAAACCUCGUGGUAUAUUCAAAAAAAUACGAAACAAAAACAAAAAAAAAAAUGACAAAACAAAAGAAAAGCAUAAAAAAUUGUACCAUAACAAACAGUAGAUAUAACAUCCAUUUUAAAUAUGUACUAAGUUUAGCAUUUUCUUUUUGAAUUGUGACCGUGUUCAGAUGUCUAAUUUAGUUAAAUAUUAAAUAGAAAUGUAAAUAUAUACAUAUAUAUACUUAUACAUAGUUACAGACAAGCAUACAUAACUACGCGGUAAAAAGUAUAUAGAUAUUGUAAGACGACAUUUCAUAAUUACGUAUGUGUAUUCUCCCCCUCCCCAAUUGAGAUGUCAGUUUGAGUCUUGGUUGCUUUAGGUAUUUUUGUGGAUGUGCUCGAUAUGCAAUUAAAUUAUGCAAAUUACGCAUGUACAUAUGUAUGUACUCAUAAAUAGCAUCAUUACACGGUCCUUAAGAUAUGGAAUAUGGAUAUAGAAAUGGGAUAGAACUUCUUUUUUAAAGGUGCAAUAAUUUCAUCAAACGCAAAACAUCUUAAUUUUGCCUACAGAACUGAUUUGAAGGAAUCUCAAAGAACGCAUUAUAUAUCCACACUACACAUGACAUGACAUACGAUUAUAUUAAUUUUUAAACAAUUUGAGGAAUUUUGAAUAAAGAAAAACCAAAAAAAAAAACCCCAAUGUAUUAACGUAAUGCAAAAAGUAACUUAAACGCGAUUCAUUGUUUUUUCAGCAUAAUAAUAAUGAAUGAAAUGUUUAUAUCUAAAAAAUCACACAUUAAAACAUACAAAUCUUAAUUAUUUCAACUUAUUUCUGAUUUUGAAAACUACUAGUAAUCAAAAAAAAAAACAUACAAAAUAAUUACUUAAUUAUUGAAUAUGCUUUAAGUAUUUUAAUGAUCGUUUACA